AUGGACGGUUUGUCUGAGGACUCGACUCUUCUGUCGGCCGUCCUCGCUGCAGAUUUCAUUGACCGAAUCACACAAAACUGGCUCUACCUCUUAGGCGUCACAUUGACGUUCUGGGGUUAUCAUACCUGCGUUGGCAAACUCGAUAUUUGGCUUACCCUAUGCUUCAUCGCUUGGAAGUAUUCCACAGCCACCGCUCUUUUACAAUAUAUCGAUCUGAAACAAAUCGGUGUUGUCACGGGCAUCACUCUAGCAAUAUGUUUCUUUGGAUGUUAUAUCCUGCAAAGAGUUAGUCCCCGAAAUGGCAACGGUCUAACUGGUGAUGCUCGAUCCAGGCUUAUACCAAGCUACACAACACAUACUCGGCUCUUUCCGAGGAAGCAUUCGUUCUCCUAUUCCCAACUUUCUGUCGGUGUUCCUGUAGACUAUUCAGGAAAUGUCAGUGGUUUCAUAUCGAAUGAUGAGCCGAGUUCAUCGACUCGGCUCCGACGAUUGUUUAGGCUAGAUGCCUGGUUCUAUGUGAAUCCUACCGAUCACCUCCAACGACAGCACUCUCCCGGUGGACUGCGAGGAAAGUUGGAUUCCUAUCUGGAAUCUAAGGACAUGGACCCAUCACAAUAUCCUCACGCCUACUUGGUCACCUCGCCGCGAUUCCUGGGCUUUGGUUUUAGCCCCGUAUCGUUUUGGUUCCUGUACUCUCCUGAAAAAGCCCUUUCGGCAAUCAUAGUUGAGAUGCACAGCAUCUUUGGAGAGCGACAUUCCUAUUUUACCACCCGAGACUUUGACGCAGAAGCCAAACAUAUCCAACAUGAACCCUCGAAUGACCAAGGGCUUCAACGUGCCCAGGUAAAGGCCAGAGUACAAAAAGGAUUUCAUGUUUCACCCUUUAAUUCUCGAAAAGGAUUCUACUCGAUACUUGCGAGCGACCCCCUUGGGCCUGGUAGUGGGUUUCGUGGUCUCGAUAUAACCCUGAGUCUCUUCUCAUCCAAGGGGCACCCGAAGCUUGUGGCGAACCUCGUUUCUGAGAACGAAGCCGUUGAUCCAUGCGACAUGACCGUUGCGCAGACGGUCGAAGCUGUCCUCAAUUGGUUUUGGCCAGUCGCUGCUACCUUUCCUCGGUUCAUCAAAGAAUGUGCUGUUCUCUUUUACAUACACAAUCUUCAUUUUUGGCACCGACCUGAGCCUCUAAAGAGCAGCAUAGGGCGUCUUGCGGACGAUAUCGAGAAAUCUCUCGAAGUGGCAUUCCGUAAUUAUCUUCGCAGUCUCGUCGAGCGAUCGUCUACACCCAUCGUUGUUCGUUACAUACCUAGCGGAGAUCCUCAAGUUUCUGAAGAGGUCAUGAGGUCGCCUUCGGCAACUGAUUUGGAUGAAUCUACAAAUGAGAUCAAAAUCAAGAUCCUGACACCGGUAUUCUACUCACGCUUCGUUCACUAUGCGCAUGAUUCAGAGGCUAUCUUUUGUGAGCUAGCUGAAAGUCGUACCUUUUGGACUGAUAGACCUGAGCAGCUUACGAAGAUCUUCUUGAAGAAGGGCUCACCUCCUCUUCAUUCCUCGAGUCUUGUCGAUUAUUUGUGGUUUCAAAUCAUCAAGAACUUAAGACGCCGACCGCGGAAAAUCGAAAGACCUUUGACGUCCGCAGCCAAGCCUUCAUCACAUAAUACCGGCAUUGAUAUUCGAGACUUUCGCAUGUCAUCUAUGGACGCCUUUGUCAUAGGAAAAGGCGACGACGCAUUGAAGAAAGCGUAUAGGACGGCAGUCCUUCAAUUAUUCGUGGCUGAUCGCAUAACUCUUGGUAGCACCACCUCGCUUGGUAUGAUCGAGCUUUUAGGAAGAGUGGGCAUCUCAUGGGCUCUAGCGUCUCUCAUCGCUCAUGGCUUCCCAUGA